UUACAAGAAUUAUUUAUAUAAAACUAGACUUUUAAUAAGAUAAAAUGAAGAUGGAUCAAAGGAAUAAUGAAUAUAAUAGAUAUCUUUUAAAUUCAUAUGAAGAAGCACGUUUUUUUAAUGAUUUUUGUUGUAUUGAUUCUCUUAUUUAUGAAGGACUAUUUUAUGGAAAAGAAGCAAAGGAUCAGGAAAAUAACAAUUGUCCUGUAUUUUUUAAAAAAUCAAAUUCAUCAAAAAAUCAAGUACUUAAAAAAAUAUGUGAAAAUAGUUCAUAUAAAAAAGAAUUUGAACCAGAUCUAUGUCUAAAAGAAGCACAGGAAAGGGCUAAUAGAUGUCUAUAUUUUCAAGAAUACUAUACACUAUAUAAAGAGGCUCAAGAUCUAUAUGAAGAUAUAACAGUUUGUAAAACAGAUUUAGAGUCAAUGGGAAAAUUGAAAAAUAUAUGUUCUUCUUUGUAUAAAUGUCUUAUACUUCGUAAUCAGUAUAUUAAGUUCUCACUUCAACGUCAUAUUGAUAACCCAAGACAUGAAAAAGUAUGGGACAUAUAUCCUAAGGAUAAUGAAGAAUUUGAGAUUGAAAAAUGUUUAAUUCCGGGUGAAGAUAAUCAAAUAAAGUAUAGAUAUGAAAGCUCAGGAAUUUUUCAAACAUAUUCAUCUCAAAAUGAUAUGGAUAUUGGUAAUUCAUUAUUAAAUGUUGCAACAAUAUCUGAAUUCUAUGAAAAUUUUAAGGAAAUUUGUGAUGUAAUAAAUGAUGAAUCAAUUAAGGAAUUUUCUUCUAAAAGGUUAAAAUACUUAGAAGAUAAAUGGGAAGAAUAUAUAACAUCUCAUGAGAAAGACGAAAUCAUAAGAAUCAAACAAAUUCCUCUUAAAGACUUUUAUAAUAUUAGAAAAGUUGAUACACAUAUUCAUCAUGAUGCAUCUGCUACUAAAAAACAUUUGUUGGGAUUUAUCAAAAGAAAAUUGAGAGAUUCUCCAAAUGAUAUUGUGUUAUAUCAGGAUGGAAAAUAUCAUACAUUAAAAGAUAUAUUCGAUUCUUUUAAUUUAACUGAAUAUGAUCUUACAAUUGAUACUCUUGACAUGCAUGCUUAUAAGGAUACAUUUCAACAUUUUGAAGUAUUUAAUUCAAGAUUUAGUCCAUUUGGAAAACCUAUAUUUAGAACUAUUUUCUUAAGCACAGAUAAUUAUAUGAAAGGAAAAUAUUUUGCAGAAUUGACACAUGAGCUUAUUAACAAAUUAGAAGAUGAUAAAUAUAAAAUGGCAGAAUAUAGACUUACUAUUUUUGGGAUAUCAUUAGAUGAAUGGGAUAAAUUAGCAUCAUGGGUUAUUGAUAACAAUUUGUUUUCACUAAAUGUUCGCUGGAUAAUACAAGUUCCUAGAAUUUAUAAUAUUUUUAAAAAGAAUGGGACUCUCAAUAACAUGGAGGAACUUAUAAAAAAUUUUUUUCAACCACUUUUUGAAAUAACCUUUGAUCCAUCUAAAAAUCCUAAACUUCAUAUUUUUUUACAGAGAGUUGUCGGCUUUGAUUCUGUAGAUGAUGAAUCAAAACCUGAAAUUGAAGUGGAUUGUAAAUUCUUAACUCCAACUUGGGAUUAUCCGGAAAAUCCACCUUAUCUUUAUUGGCAUUAUUAUACAUAUAUGAAUAUGGCAGUUCUUAAUCAUUGGAGGAAGGAAAGAGGAUUUAAUACCUUUCUAUUUAGGCCACAUUCUGGAGAAGCAGGAAAUAUUAGCCAUCUUGCAUGUUCAUUUUUAACAAGUUAUUCUAUUAAUCAUGGAAUUUUACUAGAAAAAAAUUACACAAUACAAUAUUUAUAUUAUUUAGCUCAAAUUGGGAUUUCUAUGUCUCCAAUAUCAAAUAAUUUAUUAUUUUUAAGGUUUCAUGAAAAUCCAUUUCCACUUUUUUUUAAAAGAGGAUUAAAUGUAACACUUUCUACAGAUGAUCCUGUUCAAUUUCAUUUUACAGAAGAUCCACUCCUUGAAGAAUAUGCUGUAGCUUCUCAGAUUUGGAGUUUAUCUGCUGUAGACAUGUGUGAACUUGCACGAACUUCUGUUCUUCAGAGUGGCUUUGAAUAUAAGCUUAAAAUGGAAUGGUUUGGAGAUGAAUUUCAGGAUGAAAAUAAGACAAAUGUACCUAAAAUUCGUCUGGAUUUUAGGAAAAAGACAUACUUUUAUGAAUUAUUUAUAUUAAUUCGGAAUAUUGCUUUUGAUUCAGAGAAUUAAUCAUUUUUAAUAUAAAAACCCUUUAGCUUUAUACAUACUAGCAAUC